AUGAGGUUGAAGAUCUUGGAAGCAGCAUUGCUGCACUCGUUUCUGUCGACAGCAGUCGCUGGCUCUUCUGGCAAGAAUGACCGCAUUACAGGUGCCUUGAAUAGACACCGCGGAGGCCAUGAGUCACAACCCGGCACAGGAAAUUCCUCAUAUCUAUACCAGACGAGAUUUGACGGAGUAACAUGGGAUGACGGCAAUUGGAUCCUGGAGACCACUGCCUUCGACCAAGGACGUUACCAGGCGCGUGGCUCGGUUGCCAACGGAUAUCUUGGCAUCAGCGUGGCCAGUCUUGGGCCUUUCUUUGAAAUCGAUCGCGAGGAUAACGGCAAUGAGAUUAGUGGAUGGCCCCUGUUCUCGAGACGGCAGAGCUUUGCAACAGUUGCCGGCUUUUACGACUCCCAGCCCACCACUAACUCGACGAAUUUCCCGUGGCUGUACCAAUAUGGAUGGGAUAGCGUGAUCAGUGGCGUGCCGCACUGGGCCGGACUCAUUCUCGACCUGGGCGACGGGAAUUACUUGGAUGCUACCGUGGACAACAAGACGAUCAAGAAUUUCAAUUCUGCCUACGAUUUCAAGGCGGGUGUCUUGACGUGGUCCUAUAGCUGGACUCCGAAGAGUGACAAGGGGUCUUUUGACAUCACAUACCGACUCUUCGCGAAUAAGCUCAAUGUCACUCAGGCGGUGGUCGAUAUGGAAAUCACCUCCUCUCGGAAGUCCAAUGCCACGGUGGUCAACCUCAUUGAUGGGAGAUCGGCCGUGCGCACGGAUUUUGCAGAAUCAGGUGAAGACGAUCACGCGAUCUUCACAGCUGUUCGGCCCUGGGGGGUUUCCAAUGCCACAGCUUACGUGUAUGCCAACUUGACAGCCUCUGCCGGAGUUGACCUGACAACGCGCACUGCUAUCAAAGACAAGCCCUAUGUGAGCGCAAAUGCAUCGUCUGUUGCGCAAGGUGUCAAGGUCAACUUUGUGGCGAAUCAAACCGUACGCGUCACCAAGUUCGUCGGGGCCGCUUCCUCCGACGCUUUUGACAAUCCACGGAAAAUCGCCAAGCAAGCGGUAUCUGCAGCAUUGGCUGCGGGCUAUCAGACGUCGCUCAAGUCGCAUGUAUCCGAGUGGGCUACUAUUAUGCCUGAUAACUCGGUCGAUCGUUUCGUCGACCCCAAAACCGGCAAGUUGCCCCAAGACGAUCACGUCCUCGACUCGGCCAUCGUGGCGGUGGCGAAUGUAUACUACCUGCUGCAGAGCACUGUUAGCAAGAACGGAAUUGCAGCAGUCGCGGGAGCUCCGGUGAAUGACUACAGUAUCUCGGUCGGCGGACUGGUUUCCGAUUCCUACGCUGGGCAGGUCUUCUGGGAUGCCGACGUCUGGAUGCAGCCUGGGCUUGUCGCCUCCCACCCAGAGGCUGCUCAGCGGGUGACCAACUAUCGUGCGGCGAAGUUCGGACAGGCGAAGGAGAAUAUCAAGACCUCGUUUGCUGGCGCGAAGAAUCAAACAAGGUUCGAACCGUCAACGGCAAUCUAUCCCUGGACGAGUGGCCGUUUCGGCAACUGCACGGCAACUGGACCUUGCUGGGACUAUCAGUAUCAUUUGAAUGGAGAUAUUGGGCUCUCGAUGAUUUAUGAGUGGGUUGCAAGUGGCGAUACGCAGCAUUUCCGAGACGAGCAUUUCCCUAUCUACGAUUCCGUCGCGACAUUGUACUCGAACUUGGUGGAGCGCAAUGGAUCGUCAUGGACUUUGACGAAUAUGACUGACCCUGAUGAGUACGCAAACCAUGUUCAUGCUGGUGGCUUCACGAUGGCUCUCAUUUCGGAGACGCUGGAUAAUGCCAAUGCAUUCCGCCAGCAAUUCGAUAUGGAGAUGAAUGAAACCUGGUCCGAGAUGGCUCGAAAUGUGCUGAUGCUUCAAGAGGACGGAGUGACACUAGAGUAUACCUCGAUGAAUGGAACGGCUGUGGUCAAACAAGCGGACAUUGUGCUCAUCACAUACCCUCUGGCCUCUGAAAACUACAGUACCGAUUCGGCACUGAGUGAUCUUGACUACUAUGCCAACAAGCAAUCAGCCGACGGCCCAGCCAUGACCUGGGCGAUAUUCUCCAUCGUAGCCAACGACAUCUCGCCUUCCGGAUGUUCAGCGUAUACUUACCAUCAAUACUCCUUCGACCCCUACGUUCGACCCCCAUUCUACCAGAUGUCCGAGCAGAUGAUCGACGACGCCAGCAUCAACGGCGGCACCCGACCUGCCUUUCCCUUCCUGACCGGCCACGGCGGCGCCAACCAAGUUGCCCUCUUCGGCUACCUCGGCUUGCGCCUCCUGCCUGACGAAGCCAUCCACAUCGAUCCGAACCUUCCCCCCCAAAUCCCCUACAUCACCUAUCGCACCUUCUACUGGCGCGGAUGGCCCAUCUCCGCCGCCUCCAACUACACACACACCACGAUCCGUCGCGCUACCGACACUCCCGCGCUAGAGACCGCCGACCCUCGCUUCGCCAACUGCUCCAUCCCCGUACACGUCGGCCUGGAUUCCUCCAACACAACCACUUACACCUUGCUCCCCUCUGCCCCCUUGGUCAUCCGCAACCGCCAAAUCGGCACCAUCCCCACCGUGGACCAGAACAUCGCGCAAUGCCGUCCCGUCACCUCCCCAUCGGACUUCGAAGCCGGGCAAUUCCCCAUCUCCGCCGUCGACGGCGCCUCGUCCACCAAAUGGCAGCCCUCAUCAUCUGAACUCUCCUCCCUCACCGUCACGCUUUCUGAACAUAAACUCGCCUCCACCGCCCAAGUACAAGGCUUCUACUUCGACUGGGCCCAGACGCCUCCUGUCAACGCAACCGUCCUCUUCCACGACGAGUUCAUCGAGAACCCGGCGUCGUUGUUCACUCCCGGUCUCAGUCUCAGUGCCAGCGCCAGUCCUAACAUCACGAACCAAUACAAAAUAAUCACCCACCUCUCCAACAUCCCCCUCUCGAAACCAUGGCUCGCCACGGAAGAUUAUAACCAAGUUACCAUCCCCGUCGGAAACACCACGCAUGUCGAGCUAGACCAGCCCGUGCAGGCGACGCGAUUCGCCACGUUGCUGAUAGCAGGGAACCAGGGUCUAAGUGUGGGGCAAGACGGAGGCAAGGAAGGAGAGAAAGAAGAAGAAGAAGAUGUAGGAGCGACGGUGGCCGAAUGGGCGAUUCUAGGACCGAAGGGUGGAAAGAAGAACGAGCAUGAGCACAAGAGCGACAAGGGAUUAGAGAGAAGGAAAUUAAAAGUAAAAGAUGUGGCUUGGUUGGGGAGACGACAGAGUAGAUUGUAA